AUGCCACCUAAACCAAAUCCAAAUGAAAAGAAAGAAUUAGUUGUUAAAGUAGUUGCAGGUGAUGCAGCAGCAGGUGCAUCUCUUGGACCAAAGGUUGGACCUCUUGGACUUAAUCCAAAGAAAACAGGUGAUGACCUUGCAAAAUCAACAUUAGCAUGGAAAGGAUUGAGAGUAACAGUUAAGAUUACUGUUGUUAACAGAGUAGCUACAUAUGAAGUUAUUCCAUCAGCUGCUGCUCUUAUUCUUAAAGCACUUAAAGAACCACCAAAGGACAGAAAGAAGAAUAAAGGAGUUCCAACAGUUCAUUCAGGAUCUAUUUCAAUGGACGAUGUUUAUGAAAUUGCUAGAACAAUGAGACCAAGAUCACUUGCUAAGACAUUUGCAGGAACAGUUAAAGAAAUUCUUGGAACAUGCAAUUCAUGUGGAUGCCAAGUUGAUAAGAAAUCACCAAAACAAGUAAUUGCAGAAAUUAACAAUGGAGAAAUUGAAGUUCCAGAGAAUUAA